AUGGCCGAUAACGAACCUACACCCGCUGAGACCGCCGCUGCCAACGCAAAGGAGGCCGAGGAGCAGGCUGCUCUUCCCUACAAGUGGACUCAGACCAUCUCAGAGCUCGACGUCACCUUCAAUGUACCCGGAAACCUCAAGUCGAGGGAUCUCGUCAUUACUAUCAAGAAGCAGAGCCUACAGGCGGGUAUCAAGGGCCAGGAUCCAAUUAUCCAGGGCGACCUCCCCCACGCCGUUCACGUUGACGACUCUACAUGGACGCUCAGCACCAACUCAGACGGUACCAAGACAGUUGAGAUUCACCUCGACAAGGUGAACAAGAUGGAAUGGUGGGCGCACGUCGUCACAUCCGCUCCCAAGAUCGACGUGACCAAGAUCCAGCCCGACAACUCCAAGCUCUCAGAUCUCGACGGUGAGACCCGCGGUAUGGUCGAGAAGAUGAUGUUCGACCAGCAGCAGAAGGAGAAGGGUCUGCCUAGCUCAGACGAGCAGAAGAAGGCGGAUAUCCUAAAGAAGUUUCAGGAGCAGCAUCCCGAGAUGGACUUUAGCAAGGCCAAGAUCCAGUAA